UUUUUCUAGCAAAUUAUUGACGAUUUUCGCCCCCUCUUCGUCGUAUAACGAAUUGCCAAUCUGGAAAACAAAAUCAGACUGGCGUUGCAAACAAUUUUUUUCACCCACUGUCAAAAUUGAUGGUUCUAUGAAAAAUACAAAAAAUGGACGAGAUUUCGAAAAUUAAAACCGGCGAUGAUACGGGGGGCCUUGAGACUCAGUUAUCCAUCGAGAAGGCGUGUGAAGAAUACACGAAAAGCGUGAAAUUGGCUUUGAAUUUGGUAAAUCACCAGCUGGAAAAUGCCUUCCUGAAAAAUUGCAACGGAUUGGAGGAACUCGCCGUGAAAAUCGCUGCUAGGACGAGUUUCCUUGAGAAAAAUCCAUCAUUUCUGUCAUGUUUGAUGUACAAUAAAAACGACGUUAAAAAUUCACCCUUGAUGGAAUUCGAUGAGGUUAGAAUCACCCUCAAAGAACACGCAAAACGAAUUAACGAAAAACUAGACGAAAUCGAGCGUUUCCACAAGAAAUUAUUCGACUUGGUGAUCUCAGGGGGUCGCGACCCGAAACUCAUCAACGAAUUCAAAAAACUCAAAACGGUGAAAGAGCCCGAAGACGAGUUCCAAGACUGUCUCGAGAAAAUCGAAUCGAAAACAUCCCUCCAGAAAGUCACGAUUCAGGCAAACGCCCUCUCGGAGUCACCAUCGGUGGAGCCCCCGCUCAAAUUCCCGAUUUUCACCGAUAUACAACCUGAGGUUCAACGCGGGAAGCCCCAACAGGACCUCCAUGACAAACUAAUGCAACAAUUGGUCGCUUCGGACAGCCUUGAGGGCUUCAUUAAAUUGAUGAAACGUAAACCAGAGGAGAAACGCAGAACUAGAUCGAAAAAAAAUCAAGAACUGGAAGAAAAAUACGCGGGGAGUUUGUGGUUUUUCCCCCAGAAACCAAACAAAACGCAAUCGGCAAAAUCGACGAAAAAACACGAGAGUUUGGCGGGGUCCAAUUGUUGCAGUUUAUUAGUGACGAGUUCACAACCAUGUCCGGUGAACAAUCAGGACCGGACUGGGAAAAUUCGUCAGAAUUUAGUCCGCCCAAAAUUAAAAUGUUACGAUCUCUUGGAUGAUAUUGACAGAAAUGAUGUCCAACCUAUCAAAAGUGAAUACCCUAGACGCGAUAAUAUUGGCAGCAUGAAAUUAAAAGAAGCGAAAAGUUAUUUACACCGUAUGAUGGACGAGAAUGAUACAGUUUGGAAAAAACUCCUAACACCGACUGAAAUUAGAGAAAGAAAAAGAAAAUUGUCACAAAUAUCACAACAAAAAGCUAGAAACGUCAAGAAUUUAAUCGAAUAUUUGACAGCCCCCGAACACAAAUAUUUAACACAUGUGCCCCAAAGUCUAAUCGUGAUGCCCAUCAAAGUGAUUUAUGAUAAUUUUCCAACGAAAGAAAAAAGUGAAUCGCCUCGCACCAACAUCAUAGUGACCGACUUGACGAAACCGGCCGAACGUAAAUCCGAACUUCCAAAAAUCCCCGAUUGUCCCCGUGGUGGUGGCAAACCUGAGCUCGCAAAAAUCCCUGAAUGUCCCCGAACUGUGCCGUUUCCGCCCGAACGCAAGCAAGAAAUGUUGGACCAAUUACGUGGUCUGAAAUUGCGUAACGACAACAUCCAGAAAAAUAUACAAAAAGCAAUCGAUGUGAUUGAGACAAAAAUGAUCGAUUUGUUAUCAUCGCCGACGGAUGCGUCGAGUUCAGAGGCUUUUUGUGCCAUGGAACAGGAAAUUACCAAUGUUUUAAAAAUGAUGAACGAAAGUCAACGAGAAGAACCGGAAAAGGACGAAGCCAAUCGUCCGAAACUAAAACGAAUGGUCACGACAGUAAAACGAGAAGGUGGAGAUCAAGAAUUAAAGAAAAAAACGGAAGUUAAGAGAGAUAAAGUGAAAUUAGUUAAAUCGGCAAGGGACGAAGAGACCCGAAAAGCGGCGAACAUUGAAGAGGGGGAAAGACUCCUAGGACAAGUCGAUAGUGUGAUCAAAAAAAUCGACAGUAUUUAUACGAAAUUCUACGACGAUAGCCGAACCAAAAACAAGAAAGCUGAAACUGGAGUCAGUAAUGUUCUUGAGUUUUUCGAUGGUUUGAAACAAAUAAUUGAGCCGCCGCCUACUGUAAUCAACUAUGUGAGUUAUGAGGAUAUACCAAAGGUGUACGCAUGCGCGUCUUGGUACUACCAACCAAUCAUCGAGUGUGACACGCGAUUGCUUCUUCCCCCACCACAAAUCGAGGAAAUACAAGUAGAAGAACGAGAAACAACAUACGAGAUUCAUGGGUGUGACAAAGAUAACAAACGUCACGAGUACACACUCAAUGCCUUCUAUACGUUAUUUUUUUCGGGCAUUUUUGUUGCACUCAAUCUCGAUUAUGCCGUAUAAAAUCCCAAAUAAAUAAUUACCUUCA